AUGCCCAAGGGAGCUUUCCCUCGUCUGAGCCAGGAGGAAUGGAUGUGCUUAUUGCGCCCCUUUUCGAUCAUGGAUAUUCACCAGGCCAUUUUUGAUAUGAAAGCUCUGCAGGCUCCAUGUCCAGAUGGCUUUCAAGCGGGUUUUUAUCAGCAGGAGUGGCGGGUUGUGGGGAAGGCUCUCACGGAUAUGGCUCUUUCUUUCUUCGAGAAUGGGACCUUGCCUGCAGCCAUCUCGGAGUCCACUGUGGUGCUCAUUCCUAAAGUGGAGAAACCCGAGUUUGUCCACCAACUCCGACCCAUUUCUUUGAAUAAUGUGAACUUGAAGGCUAUUACCAAGGCGAUGACGAGCAGGCUGAAAAUGGUCAUGAAAAAGCUUAUCUCUCCUCGCCAAAGUAGCUUCAUCCCGGGGCGGCAAACGGCGGACAAUAUUUUCGUCGUCCAAGAAGUGCUGCACUCUCUGAAGAAGAAAAGAGGGAGAAAGGGUGGUAUGGUGAUUAAGAUUGACUUGGAGAAGGCUUAUGACAGGCUCCGGUGGGACUUCUUGAGGGAUACUCUGAUUGAAGUGGGCCUGCCUAGCUCUUGGAUUCGGUGCAUCAUGUUCUGUGUUGAGCAGAACCGUAUGAGGAUUCUUUGGGAUGGUGAGCUUACCCAACCCAUUACACCCACGAGGGGAGUCAGACAGGGAGAUCCUCUUUCCCCAUAUCUCUUUGUUCUUUGUAUGGAGCGCCUUUCUCACAGGAUAGAUGAGGCCGUCCGUGCUAAGCUUUGGAAACCCCUAAGCAUAGCGCGGGGCGGGCCGGCUCUCACUCACCUUUUCUUUGCCGAUGAUUUAGUUCUGUUUGCAGGUGCGGAAGGGGCGCAGGUUAGGAUCAUCCGCCAGUGUCAUGACGAGUUCUGCGAGAGCUCAGGGCAGAAAGUGAACUACUCCAAGUCCAUGAUGUACAUCUCACCCAAUAUCUACUCGCUGCGUGCUCAGAGAUUGAGCGAUAAGGCUGUGACUCGACUCUACUGUCACUCCAGGAAUUGGCCAAGUGAAACCACUUCCUAA